AUGUCUCCGGCGAAACCGGUAUCUAAGCCCAUCGGCAUUGUUGGGGCGAGUUGCCGCUUUGCUGGAGGCGUCACGAAUCCGAGCAAGCUGUGGCAGCUCCUCGCUAACCCGACGGAUUUGAGCCAAAAGAUUCCCGCCAACCGCUUCAACAUUGAGGCAUUCUUCCAUCCGGACGGCGAAUAUCACGGCACCACCAACUCGCCCAAGGCCUAUUUUCUCGACCAGGAUCACCGCGUCUUUGACUGUAGCUUCUUCAACAUCGCCCCCAAGGAGGCUGAGGCCAUGGACCCCCAGCAGCGCAUGCUUCUCGAGGUCGUCUACGAGGCUUUGGAGUCCGCGGGAUACACGUUGCGCCAGUACUCGGGAAAGAAAGUUGGUGUGUUCGCCGGUCUCAUGACCGCAGACUAUGACACGCUCUUGCAGCGUGACGAGUUGGACAGCAGCCAGUAUUAUGCCACCGGCAAUGCGCGUUCGAUCCUCUCCAACCGUAUCUCGUAUUUUUUCAACUUCACUGGCCCCUCAAUGACCCUUGACACGGCCUGCUCCUCUAGUCUUGUCGCUCUUCACCAAGCCGUCUUGAGUCUGCGGUCGGGCGAGUGCGAGAUGGCCUGCGUGGCUGGCUCGAAUCUUAUUCUUACCCCCGAGCAAUUCAUCGCCGAAUCCAAUCUCCAUAUGCUAAGCCCUUCCGGCCAUUGUCGCAUGUGGGAUGCCGGCGUCGAUGGCUAUGCCCGUGGCGAAGGAGUCGCUGCUGUCCUUGUCAAACCCCUGAGCAGUGCCCUGCGCGACGGAGAUCGGAUUGAAGCCAUCAUUCGCGAGACGGGCGUCAACUCGGAUGGCCGUACCCUCGGAAUCACCAUGCCAAACUGGCAAGCCCAGUCGCAAUUGAUCCGGGACACGUACAACCGGGCCGGUCUGGACCCGAAGAAUCCGGAGGAUCGUUGCCAGUACUUUGAAGCCCAUGGCACCGGGACCAGCGCCGGCGAUCCCACCGAGGCGCAUGCCAUUGAAGACGCCUUCUUCGGUCCUAUCAACCAUCUCUCUCCGAAGAAAGCAGCGGAGACUAAGAUACUCGUCGGAUCUAUAAAGACGGUAAUUGGCCAUACCGAGGGCGCAGCUGGCCUGGCCGGUCUGCUCAAGGUGGUUGAGAGCAUGCGCAACGGCUCGGUGCCGCCCAAUCUUCAUCUGGACAAGCUUAGCCCAGCGGUGGAGAAGUUCUAUACCAAUCUGCUCGUCCCAACUGACCCUAUUGCGUGGCCCGAACCUCCUACGGGUCGUCCGAAGCGCGGCAGCGUCAACUCGUUUGGUUUCGGAGGCACCAAUGCGCAUGCCAUUGUCGAGCAGUACAUCCCAUACAUUCAUAAUCCCAUCGCUAGGCUCUUUCGUCCGGGUCUUAAGGUGCGAGAACUCGCAUGCAAUCAAGUCGAUCGUCCGAAGCAAGACCAAGUGUGGCUUCCCCUUCUCUUAUCCGCUACGUCCCAGACAUCGCUGGGCGCGCUUGCGCGCACGUAUCGGGCCUACAUUCACUCCUCGUCGCCAAACCUUGGAGAGCUUGCCUGGCAUUCUUUUGCUCGGCGGACUGCUUUUCCCUUCCGCCUUUCUCUUGCCGCUGGGUCCGUCUCGGGCCUCGUCGAUCAACUCGACUCCAUCAUAUCCAAGGCUCAGAAUCAGUCCGCAGAUACAAUCGGGACACGCGUUCGGCAGGUGGAUGAGAGCCCCAAGAUCCUGGGCAUCUUUACCGGCCAGGGCGCUCAAUGGGCCACCAUGUGUCGCCGCUUGCUACAGACCAGCAAAGUCUAUGCCCGAACAAUUCGCGCUCUCGACGACAUCCUGCGCUCCUGCCGGGACCCGCCCUGGUGGACUCUAGAGGAGCAGAUCAUGGCGGAGGACAGCAUGUCAAUGGUGCACAAGGCCUCGGUCUCGCAACCCCUCUGCACUGCAAUCCAGCUGGCCUUUGUGGACCUUCUCCGGGAUCUUGGAAUAACCUUUCGUGCUGUCGUCGGCCAUUCGUCUGGCGAGAUUGCCGCGGCCUAUGCCGCCGGCAGAGUUUCCCUCCGCGAAGCCAUUCUCAUCUCGCACUACCGAGGCCUGAGCGUACACAUGGCCGGUGGCGCUAACGGGGCCAAGGGGGGUAUGCUUGCCGCGGGGCUGUCGAAGGCUGAGGCCGCCGAGCUGUGCGCAAUGGAGGAAUACUGCCGUGGCCUCUUCCUCGCAGCCAGCAACGCCCCGUCUAGCGUUACGCUCUCGGGCGAUCUUGACCUGGUCAGGCAUGCCCAUGAUUAUCUGACCAAGCAGCAGAAGUUCUGCAGGCUCCUGUUCGUCGAUGCUGCUUACCACUCCCCGCACAUGGAACGGCCCGCGGUGAAGUACUUGAAAGAUCUGAAAGCUUGCAACAUCUUACCCUCCAUGGAGGGCAAUGGUACUGUGUGGGUUUCCAGCGUUUCUGGCGAGAACAAGCCCUCGGCAGAAGCCCUCUCGGCGUCCUACUGGAGAGACAACAUGGUCAAUCCGGUUCUUUUCUACGAGGCAAUUAGCACCACUCUGGACAACUUCGGUCCUUUCGACUGUGCCAUCGAGGUUGGACCCCACCCCGCGCUCAAAGGGCCUGUCGUCCAGAUUAUGAAGGAAAAGAACGGCACCGAGAUCCCGUACUUGAGCGUCCUUAACCGGACGAUGGAUGACCGACAAUCGUUUGCCGAGUUCCUCGGUCAGAUGUGGACGCAUUUCGACUCGUCUCAUUCGCAAAUCCGCCAAUUCGUUCUCGGUUCAGUCCAGCCAGAACUUGUCGACAGCCGGCUGGACAAUGCCCCCUUUUACCCCUGGGACCACUCCCUUGUUCACUACCGGGAAUCGCGCAUCUCUCGGCAGUAUCACUUCAAGACGGGUAAGCCGCACGAGCUACUCGGCGUCCGUACUCGGGAUGACAACAAACACCAGCUCCGAUGGCGUAACAUCUUGAAACUCGAAAAGCUCGAGUGGGUCAAACAUCACAGCUUCCAGGGCCAGGCGCUGCUCCCGGCUUCGGCUUAUCUCGUUAUGGCCUUGGACGCGGCACGCGUGGCCUUAUCAAGCCGGUCGGCUACCCUUGUUGAGCUACAGGACCUGCAGUUCCCAAGAGGCAUUGUCUUAGAGCCGGAUACCAACGGUGUAGAGGUUUUGUUCUCUCUGACUAUCGAGAACGAGACAGAGGAGAGUAUCGAGGCAUCGAUUUCUCUUACCUCCACUGUGGCGAACGAUCGCACCGACAUGAAAAAGAACUUCUCGGGAAGGCUCAUGAUUACUAUCGGGUCUCCGUCCACAGCGGCGUUGCCAUCCCGGGCCACAGUGAGGGCAGAGACGCUGCCUGCCAGCCCGGAAGCCUUCUACGCCAUGAUAGCUGGAACAGGCCUGGAAUACACGGGACCAUUCAAAGGACUGCAGACGCUUGAGCGUCGCUAUAACUUCUCGUCAGGGACAUUGAGAAAGCUUCAUUUGCAGGAUUCGACGAACCUUCCCAUCAGCCCCGCGACGCUCGACAGUUGCCUGCAAACAGCCUUUGUCACAAUCUCCUCUCCAGGAGACGGCACGAUUUGGACUUCGUUCUUGCCUCUUCAUAUCGACUGUGUGCGCUUCAACACGGCCAUUUGCGACAUCGAGACCCCUGAAGACUCGCUUGCUGUCGACGCGUACUUGACCAAGGCAGCACCGUUUACGCCAAAGACGCCUGCUUCAUUCACAGCGGACAUUGAGAUCUUCAACCCUCAGGGCGACAUGGAGAUCCAGAUCCAGGGGUUGACCGUUGGCUCCAUCAGCUCAACCAAGCCCGAGGCAGACUAUGGACUGUAUCUGACGACGAAAUUCGAUAUUGAUCCGGACCAUGAGAUUGUCGCUGGAGAUGUCAAUAAGAUGUGCGGCCCAUCUAUGCUUGGCGAGAGCUGCGAGAGGGUCGCAUCCUUCUACGUACACCGACCCGUUUCCGGUCAAGGAUCUGGUAAACUGAACCAUUGGUCUGGGGAGACGGACCAGACCCUGGACAGAUUCAUUCGAGCGUCUCCAUACUUCCGGACGCUGAGCAUCAUUCGUUGGCUCGGGCACAACAAACCCGACGUGGUAGAGGGCAUGCUGCCUUCUAUCAUCAGAGAAGCGCAUCACCUGGCCGAGUUCCAAAAACAUGUGUCGCGUGUUGUGCAGCAAAUCACCCACAAGUACCCGCGAAUCAAUGUUCUGGGGCUGACGGACCGCGAGCUUGGCCUCUCCGAGCAUGUCCUCGAAGGUCUAGCGGACUCGUUCUUGUCGUACCGGAUCGGGGCAAAGCCCGAGGACAACCUCGGAGACCGCAUCCCACUCAGCGACACGCUCCGGAAGAAGAUCGCCGUAGACGAGUUUGACUUGAACACAGAGGAACCCGCGACCGGGGUAGCCUACGACCUUGUCAUCCUUACGACUUCUCUCAUCCAGAGCGGAAAGACAGCCACCGCGUUCAAAAAAAUACGGAACACAAUGCGGCCUGGCGGCUUUUUGAUCCUUGUUGAUGUGUCCAAGAAUCCGCUCGAGGACCACAUUCAGGAACUAGUAACUGGCCGUGGCCCCUCGAAGAAAGCCACCGCUAUGUCGCCGCCGUAUUGGCCGGAUCUACUCGACCGAUGCGGAUUUGAGGGCACGAUGAGGAGGUCAAACCAGUACUACCCACCGGGGUUUUCGUUGAUUGUUCGCCAAGCUGGCUCGCACGAAAAGAGCUUGUUGCUUCACCCUCUCGCCGACCUGAGCGACUCUCGCUUAACUGAUACCUUGCUGGUUAUCGGCGGAAAACAAGACACAGCGAGCCGCAUCUCUUCGCUGGUGUGUUCUGCCCUUAGGGACCGUUGUGGCGCGGUCAAGGCGAUUGACAUGCUCGACAAUCUUCAUGCUCUGUCCGCCGCUUCUUCCUCGGCCGUGAUCAUCCUCGGCGAUCUCGACGAACCGAUUCUUGCAACCAUGACGGAGAAGCGGAUGGACUCUCUUCGAGCCCUGUUCAGGCCGGAGAUGAUCAUCUUGUGGGUCACUCACAACGCCAGAUUCCACAAUCCCGACCAUGCUGCUUCGUUCGGAUUUACGCGUACCUUGGCAGCGGAGACUCCGGGUUUGGUGUUGCAAGUUCUUGACCUUGACGACCUCAACUUCGACCUCGCAAGCAAGACCAUUGUUGAAACGUUCGCUCGACUCACGAGACAUAACCUGAUCAACGGGGAGAGCAACAACACUAUCCCCACUCCUCUCUGGACAAACGAGAGGGAGGUUCACGUUGAGCAGGGUCGCCGCUUCGUUCCGCGAGUCGUUCCCUGGAAAGAGGGUAAUGACCGUGUCAACGCCCCGCGAAGGGUGGUGUCCAACAAUGUCAACACCCUGGACCAUGUUGUCCAGAUCGUGAAAGCUCAUUCCGAGGUCGAUUCUAACCACUAUGAGAUCACCGUUGGGGGCGCCUUGAUUUGGAACAUGCUUCCCAGUUCCAGCAGGGUUUCGCAGACUUUGGCCCAAUGUUUGCCGGCGAACUGCCAGUACAACCCUCGCUUGCCGCUCGUGGACUCGGACCACCCGUUCCCUCCCGAUGCCGUCAAGAUACUGGCAGCGCUUUGGAACGAGGCGGUGUCUUUUUCGUGCUCCAAGGCCGUGCCGGAGCUGACCCAGGUCGAUCAACCCAUGGUGUCAGUCGCUGAUCUCCUUCAAUCGACGGACCCGACCCAGCCUCCUUUCCAAAUCAUCGACUGGAAAGCUGAGCGCAACGUUUCGCAGAUCGUCAAGCCAUUGGCGGGCACCAAACUGCUGAGCCCUAACAAGACCCGAAACCCGCCCAAGACCGCGCCCAAGUGGCAGACUGAGCUUUGCGCCAGAGGCAUGGUAAUCCGCUUCGAGGCGCUCGACGUGACCGACCUCGACCAGGUGACGGCCUUCAAAACCCGACUCGCAGCAACUCUCCCUCCGGUGGGCGGAGUCGUCAACGGGGCGAUGGUCCUCGAAGACGGCGUCUUUUCGCAGAUGACGCUGGCCAGCCUGCAGCGCGUGAUGCGCCCCAAAACUGUCGGCUCCUCCAAUCUCGACCAGGUCUUCAACAGCCCAGACAUGGAAUUUUUCAUCAUGACGUCCUCCUUCGCAGCUAUCGGCGGCCACGCGGGCCAGUCCAACUAUGCCGCGGCCAACAUGUACAUGAACGGGCUUGCCGCGUCGCGGCGCCGUCGGGGUUUGCCGGGGUCCGUCCUCAACAUCGGCGUCAUCUACGGCCUGGGCUUCCUGCACCGCGAGCGGGACGUCCUGUACGAGGGCCUUGAGCGCGAGGGCUACCCGCCCAUCUCGGAACGCGAUAUCCACCACAUGUUUGUUGAGGCCAUCGUUGCCGGCAGACCGGAACCCGGUCAGGUCUACGACAUUACCACCGGCCUGCGCCGGUUUGACGCGGGCAAUCCCACCCUACACUGGCACUUUGAUCCUCGCUUCUCACAUUUCAGCCGGCUGGAGGAUGAUGCGGGCAACCAGGCAAUGGCUGGGGCUCAGGGUGCCUCGCAGCAGCGCGGGUUGAAGGAGCUUGUUGAUGCGGCGGCUUCGAGGGAGGAGAUUGUUGAGGUGUUGGUCAAGGGUUUUAUUGAGUGGCUGCAGAGCAAGCUGCAAUUGGCGGAAGGGAGCGUGACGGGCGAUCACAGUCCUGUCGAGGUUGGGGUUGAUUCGCUUGCCGCGGUGGAGAUUCGCUCAUGGAUCUGGAAAAGCCUGGCCCUGGACGUGGCUGUUAUGAAGAUCCUGAGCGGAGCGAGCAUUAUGAAGCUGUGUCGUGAUAUGGCAGACACAGUGUUGCGAGGCAGAAAGCAGUAG